UGGAUGAAUAUUAAUGUUCAAUGUAUUUGAAGAGGUGGAUCUGAGUCAUGUAUCCAACUGGGUACUAGUCUAGUAUCCCUGGCUACAUGGUUACUCAAUACUGCUACACAAACAAUAUCCAGGCUAGCAGACAACAGGGACAGUAAGGUUGACGUAAUUAAUCUGAAGAAGUGUCUAGAGGUGCUGGAGUGGAUGCUGAAGGAUAAGUUCAUCUCCUCCCUCGUCUAUGUCGGAGGGUUCGAGGAUAUAGAAAAACAUCAAGAUUUCAUGUUGGCAAGCUCAGGUUUGAACAAUGUAUCUGAGCAGGUCUAUAAACUGGAAUCAGAAUCAGACGAAAAUCCGGAGAAUUCAUUACAGGCUCGAAUUCAGGCAAUAAUACAAUCUGUGAGAAGUCUGCAGUCUGGUAUUCAGAUAUCGAAAGAUAAUGAGACGAAACCCAGUUUGAUAUUUUCCAUUCAAAGUGUUUUAUCUUUUGAUGUACUUCUUGAGCCCACCAGUGAUCUCUCCCAGCUUGCAGGACAAUUAGUUGUUAUCAUGAACAUACGAGGUGCAAAGCUCUCAGAUCUAGUUUGUGAGUUGACCCGUUGUUGUUUGCUGGGUAUGAAUGACCAGGAUAGGCAGGAGGUUCUCCGAUGGGACGCGUUUACACUUCUUAAACUACAUAAACUAGUGGAUAGAAUUGUACAUGAGUACAAGGGUAAGGAUGUAGAAGGAAGUGUAUAUCGAGGACUAGAUCAACUACUACAGUACUCUGCUCUGCUAGAUAUGACGGAUGCCAAGUGCAACGCAAACACCUUCGAUCUUUUUGUCAAAUCCUUCCCCUCAGAAUUAGUGACGGAGAAUGAGAGUAAACUGCUAAUCUCAGGGCGAGCUGAACAAUUGAAAGAAAAACAACAGUUUGAAAUCAAGGGUUCCAAGUUCUCUGAAUCAAGGGAUGUGACGAUGACCCUAAAGGCGGAUUCGACCCUGCACACUAUCAUCAGAACAUUCGAGAACACGAGCAUGGAGCAGCACGAGUUCGAGAAUCUUCUCUCCGUCAUGUUCCAUAUUGUAAAAGGUUCUAGUUUUGACCUACUGCUGUCAGCAGCUGCUUCUAACGGUGCACUGACAUCUUUAGUAACUAAACUUUUACUUUUCAACAAGGGUUGUCAAGAAUCUAUGGGAGAAUCUAAUAAGGUUGCGCAGAACCGAGCAGCUCUGUUCGAUGUUACCUUCUUGAUGUUAGUUCAUGUUGUUCAGUGCUUCUCUGUAUCAGUUCUACCCCCUGAAAUACAGGAUGGAUUUUUCCCACGGUGGGCCCGACUAUGCAUGACAGAACCAGGACAUGUUAAACCUCUGGAGGCCUUCAAACAACUUGGAGGUGAGGAAAGUCUGGUGGAUGGAUUGCUUCAGCAGAUGAUGCAGGGAGAGAUUAGAACUCAGGUGAUAAAGUGGAAUCUUGUGUGUGCCAGCCUACAUGAUGUCAUGAAGGAGAUACUACUGGGGGUAGAGAUGGAAACCAUUAAUUCAGAAACAUACAACAGAUUGAUCCUACAGCUGUGCAGUAAGCUCUGCUGUUUCCCUCUCUGUAUCUCCUGUUUUAGAUUGAUCCUACAGCUGUGCAGUAAGCUCUGCUGUUUCCCCAUCUGUAUUUCUUCCUGGUUGAUUAGUUCAGCACAUUUUGGAGCAGGAGAAGAUGAGAUGAGUCGGAGAAGUAUAAUCUCAACCCUGGAGAAGUUUAUUAACUCACCUGGAGGAGAAGAUACUGAUACUAGCAGACCCUUCUACUCAAAGAGGAACACCAUGAUGGUGAACAUACUCAAGAAGAUGAAGAGGGAGAUGGGGGAGAAAAUAUUACCAGAGGAUAAUGCAGGAAAGAGUGGAUUAAGUGUUUGGUUUGACAAGGUGUGGGAUGGUAUAUGGGAGAACCAGGUGUUAAGUAUUAGUUCUACCAAGGAGAUAGCUCGCCUUCAUACUACUGGCGGCACUCAUUGGUUCGUUCAUGUACUAGUGGAGAAGAUCACAUCUCAGGUUUACAGUCAUGAUGUUCAGCGUUGUACAGAGAUGGUGUUUAGCAUGCUUCAUAUAGACCUUGCUGGAAACACCCUGUCCCUUCUUCUCUAUCUGCUUCCUAGUAUUCUCACAGGAGUAUCUAACAAAGAUGUCCUCUGCUACCCUGCAGGUAGAGCUCUAGCCAAGCUGACCGUAUCAUGUCUAGCCGCUCUACUUACCAGUAAACCUUGCAGUCCAUACUCAGGCAAACGGAAACUCCGGAUGGGUGAGUUAGAUGAUCUCUGUAAUAACCAAACCCAACCUGUAAAGCUGAGGAAACUGACCGCUUCUGAGUCUAUUCAAGUAGCUGCUGACGGUUCACUUACUCAGGAGCAGCUUAUCCAUCAGGCCCAUGUUGGACUGUUUACAUUACUACGUGGAGUAGCUCUGGAGUCAACCCUUAGCCCUAAACUCGAAUUUGUAUCCUGUAUCCUUGAGGAGUGUGUACAAGUAGGUGGAGAGGAAUCCCUUCUCCUACUCAAUCCUCUCUCCCUGGACCUGGUUCAGCAUCUUAUCAAACUACAACCUAACAGGUUCUCGGUUGAGGUGAUUCUCCGCCUUUUUGACCCAAAUUUACCCCAGGGGCGGAGGAAUGCAGUAUCCGCCCUCUGUCUUCAUAGAAAUAUCAGAGCUAAGAAUGUGUCCGAGAGUUGAAAUAUCUAUUUAUCAAUGAAGAAAUAUUAAAAACGUUGUCUUUGAUGAUAAAUACUGAAGACAUUGUUCAUUCUUGUUAAGGACCCCGGUACCUGAAUUAUAUUUUUUACUUUUGUAUUUGAAUGUUCCAGAAGGUUUUUCAG